AUGACUGACUCCGGCUCACAAUUCCUCUCAAGAGAAUUCAAGAAUUUCACAAGAAACGGGGGCAUUGGCCAUGUAACAUCAUCGCCACAUCAUCACAAAUCAAAUGGAAAAGCGGAAGCCGCGGUGAAGAUUACCAAAACGAUGAUGCGUAAAACGCUCUUGAAUGGGACCGAUCAAUAUGAAGCCCUACUUGAACUGAGGAACACACCUCGCCAAGAUACUGAAGCCAGCCUUGCUGAAAUGAUGUUUGGUAGAAACACACGAUCAAUGCUACCAUCCCCAAGAACUAAGAGAAUCAGAAGUAAGAGAGAAGUAAUCCUGAGAAGAGCCAAGCGCCGCUUUGCCGUCAAGCGUAGCUUCGUCAAAGAUGCUCGAGACCUGACGCGACUCACUUCUGGUGUACUAUCAACACACAGAAGGAAAGAAGUGCGACUGGAGAAAAGGUACAGUACGUUCUGA